AUGGCUUCAAUAACCUCAGCCACCGUCGCAAUCCCAUCUUUCACCGGUCUCAAAUCCACAUCCUCCAAACCCUCAACCGUCGUCAAAAUCCCCACCGUGGCGGCAGCAUCAACGAAGCUCACCGUGAAGUCAUCACUAAAGGACUUCGGAGUCGCUGCCGUAGCGGCUGCAGCUUCCAUUGCUUUGGCUGGAAACGCCAUGGCAAUAGAUGUUCUCUUGGGAUCAGGAGAUGGGGCGUUAGCCUUUGUCCCCAACGACUUCACAAUAGCCAAAGGUGAGAAGAUUGUGUUCAAGAACAAUGCUGGAUUCCCACACAACGUUGUGUUCGAUGAGGACGAGAUCCCAAGUGGUGUUGACGCUAGCAAAAUCUCGAUGGACGAGCAAGAUUUACUCAAUGGUCCGGGAGAGACGUACGAGGUUGCUUUGACUGAGCCUGGGACUUACAGCUUUUAUUGUGCGCCGCAUCAGGGUGCUGGUAUGGUUGGUAAAGUUACCGUUAACUAAUAAAAUGUGACUGUAAUGUGACAGAGAAUCUCUGAGUCAGGUAGAGGCUUUUGUUUCAGUCUUACAUAAGGUGUUUUGAACCGAAUGGACCGUGAUAUGCUAUAAUGUGACUGGUUCCAUAAAUGCUAUUUCUUCGUUAUAAAUUA